AUGCGGAAACCAGAUCGGCGCCAAGUUCUAGGAAGUCAUCUGCGGCGAGCACGCCAUAGACCCCACCGUCUGGCGCUGGGAAGAACUGGGCAUUAUAUGGAGGGAGCUGAGUUGAUUGAUUCGGUGCUUGAUGUUGUGAGGAAGGAGGCUGAGAAAUGUGAUUCGAAUUUUGUUAGUAGUACACGUGACGCCUGGGUUUAUCACGUGCCUAAUGAUGAGUCUGACUGUAGAAAUAUAGGUUUUCAAGUAUGUCAUUCUUUGCGAGGAGGAACUGGCUCUGGCAUGGGAACUCUUCUUAUUUCCAAGAUAGGGGAAGAAUAUCCUGAUCUCUCCGACACCGUUGUUGAGCCAUACAAUGCUACACUCUUUGUUCACCAGCUUGUUGAGAACGCUGAUGAAUGUAUGGUUUUGGAUAACGAAGCUCUAUACGAUAUCUGUUUCCGCACUUUGAAGCUCUCUAAUCCUACAUUUGGUGACCUUAACCACCUCAUCUCAGCUACAAUGAGUGGUGUCACAUGCUGUCUCCCUUUCCCUGGUCAACUAAACUCCGACCUUAGAAAGCUCGCUGUCAAUCUCAUCCCUUUCCCAAGGCUCCACUUCUUCAUGGUGGGUUUUGCGCCAUUGACAUCAAGAGGGUCACAACAAUACAGCGCCUUGAGUGUCCCUGAACUAACCCGACAGAUGUGGGACGCCAAAAACAUGAUUUGUGCAGUUGAUCUUCGCCAUGGACGUUACUUGACCGCUUCUGCUCUGUUCCGUGGGAAGAUGAGUACUAAAGAGGUUGAUGAACGUCCAGAACAAGAACUCAUCGUACUUUGUUGA